GCUGCCCACCCAAGGAGGCGACCGGCGCUCCUGCCCCGCUGCCGCUCGCUCUCACACACACACACACACACAGACAUAUACACACAUACACACACAUAUACACACACACAUAUACACACACCCGUGCGUGCGCCUCUCGCUCCCGCACUGGAGUCAGUGCUUGUGCCUGCAGGUUGCUCAGACCUGAAAUCUAAGGGAAAAGCUCAGCGUUUGCGUCGCUCCUGCCGCCGGUGGUGGUAGCGGUGAAGAGGAGAGAGGGUUGUGGGUUUUUUUUUUUUGCUUGGUGGCUUUUUUUUUUUUGGCCCCCUUGAAUUCAAUGGAUCUGAACUUGGAGCCUUUAGACCUCGGCGGUAUUGGAAUAUCUACAUGCUGAUCAUCUUUGUUGUGACACAUCAAGUCGUUUGGGGAAACCAUCCGAAGACGGCAAGAUGUUUCUCGUUCUCUUGUACUUCGCUUUGCCCUUAGUGGAAGUGAGUUCGCUGCCUGGAGGGGACCGCCUGGACUGCGUGAAAGCCAGCGAUCAGUGUCUGAAGGAGCAGAGCUGUAGUACUAAAUUCAGGACACUGAGGCAGUGUGUAGCCGGCAAAGAGAGCAACUUCAGCCGGGCCACGGGCCUGGAGGCGAAGGACGAAUGCAGAAGCGCCAUGGAAGCUCUCAAGCAGAAAUCCCUGUACAACUGCCGCUGCAAGAGGGGCAUGAAGAAGGAGAAGAACUGCCUGCGCAUUUACUGGAGCAUGUACCAGAGCUUGCAGGGGAAUGACUUGCUUGAAGAUUCCCCUUAUGAACCAGUUAACAGCAGACUAUCAGACAUAUUCAGACUAGCACCAAUUGUAUCAGUGGAGCCAGUACUUUCAAAGGGGAACAAUUGCUUGGAUGCAGCCAAAGCUUGCAACCUAAAUGAUACCUGCAAGAGGUUCAGAUCUGCUUACAUAACCCCCUGCACCAGCAGCACGUCUAAUGAGAUCUGUAACAAGCGGAAGUGUCAUAAGGCCCUCCGGCUAUUUUUUGACAAGGUCCCCCCAAAGCACAGCUACGGGAUGCUCUUCUGCUCCUGUCGAGACGUAGCCUGUACAGAAAGGAGACGGCAGACUAUUGUUCCUGUGUGUUCAUAUGAGGACAGGGAGAAACCAAACUGCCUGAAUUUGCAAGAGUCCUGCAAGAAGAAUUACAUCUGCAGAUCUCGCCUUGCAGAUUUCUUCACAAACUGCCAGCCUGAGUCACGCUCUGUUAGCAGCUGUCUGAAGGAGAACUAUGCUGACUGCCUGCUCGCUUACUCGGGGCUCAUUGGCACCGUGAUGACACCCAACUACAUCGACUCCAGCAGCCUCAGCGUGGCCCCGUGGUGCGACUGCAGCAACAGUGGCAACGACAUAGAUGAAUGCCUGAAAUUUCUGAAUUUCUUCCAGGACAACAUAUGCCUUAAAAAUGCAAUUCAGGCCUUCGGAAAUGGCACUGAUGUGAACGUCUGGCAGCCAAUUCUACCAGUACAGACCACUACAGCCACAACUACAACAGCUUCCAGACUUAAAAACAUAGGGUCAGAGACCACCAACAAUGAAAUACCCUCCCACAAUGAUUCACCAGCAUGUGCAAACCUGCAGGCACAGAAGAAGCGAAAAUCCAACGAAUCUGUAGAUACAGAGCUCUGUCUUAAUGAGAACGCUCUCGGGAAGGACAACACAGCGGGAGUCUCCACCAGUCACAUAUCCGCGGAGAAUUCCCUGGCUCUUCCUACCAGCUUCUAUCUAAGCACACAGCUCACCCUGAUGGCACUUGCACUCUCACUCUCUUUGUCCCUAAGCUCAUCAGUCGUCUUAUAGGCAUUACAAAAGGACGUGUUAAAAGAAAAAAAAAAAAAAAAAAAAAAAAAAAAAGUAAAAAAAAAAUAAAUCUGUUUGCUGUCCUCUGUUGUUUAUCUGGAAUUCCAGGUCUGGGAGCUAAGAUGAGGCACUCCUGCUAGAACAGUCUCAGUCAGCUGGAAUUUUAUUUUUUUUUCUCUCUAAAAAAAGCUUCUUGUGAUAUUUAGAGGCUUUGUGAAAUACUUGGUGCAGUGCUACAUUCCAAACCCAAAAGGCUUUUGGGCAUGCAGUGUUUUAAAGAGACAGUGUGUAAAUUUGCCUGUAAAGCGACCUGGUUGGAUUAUUUUAAUAAUUAUUAUUUUAAUUCUGGCUUUUACCUGAGAAAGAAGAUAAUGGUUUUCUUAAAAUCUUGUUUAUCUCACUGAAUGAUUUUGGUUUUCAAAUUGAUUGAACUUCAGACUAUCAAGGAUGCCAGGCUUUUGUCUAAUGGUGAAUGUUCUCCCAGAGAGUGGACUUUAUGAAACUUCUUCAUUUGAUAAAUCGCUACUGAUGUUAAACUCUUUCAGUGUGUUAGCAUUUUCCUCUUUAAAUGUUUACGUACUGUAAGUGAUUCUGCGUUCCCUGCUGAGAAGCCAUUAUAAUUCACAUACAGGUAUAAUGUAUGUCUUUCAGUUAAAUUCUCAUCAAAGUAGAGUGUGGCGUAGAACCUUCUAACAGUACAAUUAUCGUUUAUUAUAAUCAUCUAGCCUUAACAAGAGUGAAGAUUCUUUACAUUAGCAAGACGCAGCCAUUGUGAAAGCUUGAUAAAGAUACAUUUCUUUAAAUAUGAGGAACAAAUUUUGCUACAGGGUUUCAGCUGUACAGUAUAUGGUCUUCUAUGCUUCCGUUGUGAUAAUAUAGUCAGUUAUUAUACUCUUUGUUUAAUAAAAAAUGACAUACAGUUUAAUUGCUCUGCUAAAACAUCAUCAUCUGUUUAUACAUACCUGAUAAUGUCAGAUCAAAAAGCUACAGGAACUUCAUGCCUUACUUCUCUUAUCAGAACAUUGCAGAGGGACAAGAGGUAGUAGGAUAUCAUUUAAACUGUGUUUUAUUUCUUAGAACUGCUAAAAUCAACACAAAAGGAUGGUUGAUCCAAUUGCAAGGCAGCAUCAUGCACGUGUACCCAUGUGAUAGGCUAUUCUCACCCUGGUAGUUUCUACCACAGACCUUGGCAUUGCUGACAGGAUGAACUGUUUGCAAGACCAGCUCCAUAAAGUACUUUAAUGGUUUGGAUGGCAAUGUUACCAGUGUACAUGAUUUAAUCGCUUGGUUCUCCCUCAGUGACAUUGGCAGCCUGUGCUGGCUCAUGAUGAUUUCCUGCAGUAUCUAGAAGGAAUUCUUUAAAGCUUUAAAUGUCAUCAGAUAGGCAGCAUUUCUCCUAAGGGCUGUCUUUAUACCUUACUGUGAUGGCUUGUUGACUGUUACAAGCAGUUACAUCUAAGUGAUCAACAGUAAUCAGUUUUUGUUCCUAUUGGAAGUAGAAGACAACUUCUGCAAGCAAGGAGUUCAUCAUGUUGAAUGUAUGGAUUUACUCUGAGACUUACACAAUUAUGCCCUGACCUGCUCUGAAAUGUCCAGAUUGGUUAUUUGCAAUACGACUAUAAAUUACAAAUUACUGUUUUAUAAACUGCACUGAGGUUUGAGUGUGCAAAAUACACAUCUUGCUAAGAGACUAUUAAACCUAUUGACAAGUUCAGCUUUUGAGAUUUUUCUUGGCUAAUAAUAAACACUUUCAUAAAUUUUGAAAUUCA